UCUAGCUAUUUGCAACAUGGCACUUGGCUAGUCUUUCACGGCGAGAGUUGGCAACACUGCCACACUGUCAAAUUCCAGUAAUUAUUCUCUUCUACUGCUGUUGUUGAAUUGCAAAGUCGUACGGCGCUUUAGCAUAGAAGUCCAGCAUAUAUUGGCCCGAUCCGAAAGCAGGCGGAGAUCAGUGAACAUAUAUACGUAUUUACCGCUAGUGGUGCAGUGCGAAAACGUGUCCGGAAAAGCCAAAGGCCAGCGACAGCGAGUGCGAGCGAGAGAGAGAGCAGGUGACAGCGACACCGACAAGAUACCCCGCUCCCCACCCGCCCCCCUCCGCCAACAAAGCCCAUUUCGACUGUUUUUUGCACGGCACGGGGAAAACCGAAAGAAAAACGAGAUUUUCCAUUGAUUUGCAACGCAGUCCGGCCGGAAAAUGCUCAUAAACCUUAAGGUGAAGACCUUAGAUGCGCGCACCCACGAAUUCAGCAUCGACAAUGAGCUCACCAUCCGCCAGUUCAAGGACCAAAUAGCAGAGAAGACGAACAUUGCGGCGGAGAACCAGCGUAUCAUCUACCAGGGUCGCGUUCUGGCCGAUGAUAAGCAGGUUAAGGAGUACGAUGUGGAUGGCAAGGUGCUCCAUGUGGCCGAACGACCGCCGUUUUCGCAGCGUGGAGCCAAUGCCCGGAACAAUGAUGAACCCAUGCGCACCUUCCGCAAUGUGGCGAUUCCGCCGCCGGCUGGAAUGCGUACUUCUCCGUAUUUCCGCGCCCUCGACGGCAUGCUGGUGGGCACCAUGGCCAUACCUGUGAACAAUGGUCCAGUGGCAGGGCAGACUCGUCCUCCACCGAAUCGUUAUCCCAACUCCUCGUCCUUCUGCAUUAACCGUAUCACUGUGGCCCUGCACAUGAUCGAUUGCGCGGACAAUAUAGCAGCCUAUCUGGAAAAUCCAGCCGUUGGUCUGAACAAUCAAUCACUGGACAUCCUGCAGCGUGGUCGCUGGUCCAUGGAGUCCACUGUCGUGGAAGUGGGUGUCUCCUCGACGGAUCUGCCGCGCAACAAUAACAUCAUCGAUAUGGUCCAAGAUGCUGUGACCGCUGCUCUUUCGCGUACUGGUGCCCGCAACUAUACGGUGGUGCAGCUGCCCACGGUUUAUACCAACGAGAAUGGCGAGACCAGCCAGCAGGGAACUGGGGAAGCUGGAACCAGCGAAGGAGCAGCCAGCGGAGCUGCAAGCAACGCUAGUGGUGAAGCCACAGCGGCCACUGUGAUCAUCGAGGAUGUUAUCGAAACGGACGACGAGGCUGCCGAUGGAGCGUCGGAUCGUUCGGUCACGCCAACACCAGAGGCGGAGGCAGAAGGAGCAGUUGGUGGCCAGCCGGCCACUGCAGCAGAGACUCCCACAUCCUCGGCUGGAUCAGCAAAUGACGCCGCUGCCGAAGGAGGCAACAACGCGGGACCCAGGCGCCGCACUCGUCCCCAGGUGUUGGCCCAAGUUAUUCAGCACUAUCGUGGCGUGCAGGCUCGCUUGGCGCCUUUUGUGGAGCGGUACUACGAGAUUCUCCAGAAUGAUCCCACAUUCGAGGAGAGUGACACCGCUGGACGCGAGAACGCACAGCGAAUCUUCGAUCGCGUCUCGGAGGCCUUCCACUACCUCUCGCAUGCUCAGCACGCUAUAUCCGAUUUAAUGCUGGACCUGUCGCAGCCAGGACCACGUGUGCUCACCUGCCGACCCAUUCUCGUCGAGCAGAGCGGCUACAUACGCUCCAAUAACAUUUUUACGCCCAAUAUUUGGGCACCGGUUUCGGAACUCCGUAACAGAGCACCUGGCUCUGCCGCUGCAGCGGGCACGCAAACACCCACCACCGCAAGCACUCCAACUGCUGUGGCACCGCCGCAGGCUGCCAAUUUACAGGCGGCCACCGAUGCCAGCCGCAGUGCAGCGGCCAUGGCGGAGAUCGCCAGUCGCGCUGCUGGAGCCGCUGCGGAAAUGGCUGCUGGAGCUGCGAGUGCGGCUGCCGCCGCUGCUCGCGAUUUGUCCAGCGAUCAAGUAGAAGAUCCCGUCGACGAGCCUAUGGUGGCGCCGAAUGCUUCAGGUGCCGCUGCACCAGCUCAACAGCAACAGCGUCUCGAUAUGGAUACCCAAAUGGAAAUGGCGAGAAUCAUUCAGGCAAUGGUCAAUGGUCAACGAGCGAACGAUGUUCAUGUGGAAUUCAAUGCCCCCAAUGUCAUGUCGAUUAACUUGCCCGUGCACGUGAUGACGACAGUGCGACAGGCACCUCCGGCACCUGGAUCAAACGAAACAGCAGAACCUGCUGCGUCCGAAGCCUCGCCUGAAAGCGCUCCUGCAGCCGGCAGUGCAGAGUCUCCCAAUGCAGCUUCAACAUCAAGCGGAACACGCAGUGGAGAUCAGAGGGCCAAUACCUUGCCCACCACGGCCACCCAAACGCGCUCGACAUCCAGGCCACAGAUUCAGAUUGGCGGCAACAACAACUGGGGCGGACGCAUUGCUCCGACACACACGGCAUUCGACCGCUUCCUGCCUUGCAAUAGUCACCACAUUAGGGAACCCGAGCAGCUGCUCCAAAACAACAAUACCAAUCGCAGCACCUCCACAGCACCAGCAGGCGGAGCCUCAGUUCUUUCGCCCACAGCCGCUGCAGUAACUCGUCCUGUCACCACUGGUCGCAUCCAGCGCGGCAGUAACAAUUUCCGCCCAAUGUGGUCGUCCCGUCGCCAGCGACCAGCCAGCGAGCAACUAAGCAGCCUGCGACCGGCAGCCUGGGCGCAGGCGCAGACCCAAACCACUCAUGUUCAAGCUGCCCACGUUGGUGCUGGCAGCACCAAUGGGGCCAGAGUCGGAGCCGGAGCCGGAGCCGUAGCCCGAAGAGUGUGGCCCACGGGAGGAUCGCUCAUCAAUCGCGAUCUGCUGGCGGCUCGAACGGCCCACGUUGGCGGUGGCAGCACCAACAGCGGUUUGCCCUCUGGCCGGCGGGGGCGACUUCAGGCCGCCACCAGUCGCCUCUCAAGACAAUUACCCACCCUAAUCGCUAAUUUUUUGCUUAAUAACAUGAGAAAUAAUGCGCCAACAGCUUCGGUAGGCAGCGCAGUCGCCGCCGAGGGAGGUACCGCCGCCUCGACAUCGGAUGAAGCUGCCCCAAUCGCUGCUGCUACCGCUCCAGCCGGUCCACCACAAACUGUUUUGCCGACAUCGACACCCACUCCCGGCGGAGAUUCGAACAACCUGCGCUCGCAGCUGCGCAGCUUCCUCAACGACAGCCUGUUCGUCGGAGUGCCCAUCAACGAGCAGACUAUCCCAGAGGCCAUUGGUCGCGCACUGGAGUGGUUCGGGGAGAGCCUGGUCUACCUGCCGCAGUACGAGCGUCCGGAGUACAACUCCCGCGACUCUGUGUGCAACAUCCUGCGUGUCAGCCUCCGUUUGAUCAUCGAGCUUUGCAAUGGAGCUCCGGGCGGCGCAGAUAGCGCUCAGUUCGAGCAAAGCCUCAAACAGAUCUGUGACCAGUUCCGCAAGCGGCUCUACAGCGUUCUGUUCCUGUGUCUUGGAAGCGCGAAUGCGGAGCUCUACUGGCGCCAGCUAAUGCGCCUGCUGUGCGCACCGAUGCGAUCCAACUUCCGCAACGAAGCCCUGCAGUUCUUGUGCAUCUACAUAGACCCCACGAUUCCCGCCCAGACCGACACAGUAGAUGCCCAACAGUUCCUGGUCCUGCGCAGUGUUCAAGCAGCUCCUCCAACAGCUGCCGACGAACCAUUCGUGGCGCCGCCGCCUUUUGCUUUCAACCCACAACAGCAGCAGCCGCAAGAGCAAUCUCUGGAUACGGAUGUUGAGAUGGCUGAGGUGGCCGCCAGCAGCAGCACCGAGCUACCGACACCGGCAGCCGAGCUACCCGCAGUGAUCGUGGGCUCGGAGCCCUGGCACAUGAGUUUCCCCAAUGAUUGGUUGCCCGUAAUAACGCGCGACCUACAGACCCAGACAGAGCAGAGCAGUCGUCCCCAGCCGCCGUUCUCGGAUGCCUACAUCUCGGGCAUGUCCGCCAAGCGGCGCAAGAUAAUUCAGACGGAAAAGCCGACGGCCAGCGUGGAGUGCCUCAUAGCUAACGGAGUGCAGAGGGCUAUCCAAAGCGUUGGCUUGGGCGGAACCAGUGGCAGCGCCUCAAGUUCGUCGAUCAGCAUGGAUACCGUGAUCGGUUCCAUUGCCCACGACUCCGCCGUUCAGGCUGCCUACACGGAUGCGGUGCGGAAUAGUUUAAAGGAGCGUAUCAAGCAGGAUGUGGAUUUUAAGUCCAGCAAGUAUCCGCAGAUCGCCAAGUUCGCCGAGCAAAAGUAGGGACGCCUCUGCAGCGAUGAAAACCCGGCCACCUCGUGCUUGUUGUACAUUUUACUUUAAUGAACUGUAUUUAAUUUACUUAAUAA